CACGACCCACCGUCCAUUCAACUUUCUAUAUUAUUGCUCCAACCACUCCAAACACUUUACAACCCAUUCAUAGUUGCUGCUUCUGUCCUACGAAGCUUUGAUCUCCACCACCAUCAAUGGCGUCCAUUAGCUCUCUCAAGCUAGUUUCGUCUCUCAAGCUCUUCAACAAAACAUCUAUCUCAUCCUCCCAAACAUUGAACCUAUUUGGCUUCACUCACUCACAAGCCUUCGUGAACCAACCACUCAAAUUCUCCACGAUCAAGCAAAAUUUCUCCACCGGAAGUAGCUCAAAGAGCUCCACUACCGCACUCUUCAACAAAUCUGAAUCUCAUCAAGAAUCGCCCCGGCCAACGAAAAUUCAGGAACUAACCGUGUACGAGAUCAACGAGCGAGACCGAUCAAGUCCAGUUAUUCUGAAACUGAGUCAAAAACCGGUGAACUCGCUCGGCGACCUGGUGCCUUUCACUAACAAGCUCUACAGCGGAGACUUGAAGAAGAGGUUGGGCAUAACCGCAGGUCUAUGCGUCCUGAUCCAGCACGUGCCGGAGAAGAAGGGAGACCGCUACGAGGCCAUCUACAGCUUCUACUUCGGCGAUUACGGCCAGAUCUCGGUGCAGGGAUCGUAUCUGACUCACCAGGACACAUACCUGUCCAUCACCGGAGGAACUGGGAUUUUCGAAGGGGUGUACGGACAAGUCAAAUUGCAACAGCUCGUGUUUCCUAUCAAGCUGUUCUACACUUUCUACUUGAAGGGAAUACCUGACUUGCCGUCAGAUCUUCUGUGGACGCCAGUGCCUCCAUCACCUACCAUUGAGCCAUCGCCAGAUGCGAAGGCACUGGAGUCUCACGCUUGUAUCCCCAACUUCACCGAUUAAUGCUCUGUUUGGAUCUCUCAGAUGUUUUGUUUCAAUAAUUAGAAUAUUAAGCUAGUUAAUGCUGAGAUUCAAUAAUUUGAGAGAUUCGUUUGAUUUAGUGUAGUAGAUGCGGAAUCUAUUGCUAUGAAUAAAUAAACUGGUCUCUGGGUGCUUAUUUA